AAGUUGUGCAAGAAGGGAGAAGUUGUCCCUGCCACGUAGAGGCUGAUCUGCCCGCUUUAACUUGGUGAAUUUAGUAAGUUUUUUGUUGGUUUUGCAGGGCGUGCGUGCGUGCGUGCGGCUGCAGCAUGCUGCAGCUGGCGGUGCUCAGCUGCUUCUUCGCCCUGCUGCUGUCUGUCAACGGGGGGAAGGUGCCUGAAGCCGACGUGGAGAUCCAGGUCCUUCAUAGACCUUUCAUCUGUCACCGCAAAUCCAAGUAUGGAGACAUUCUUCUGGUGCAUCAUGAGGGAUAUUUGGAGAACGGGACAAUGUUCCACUCCAGUCGUAGCCACGGGGACAAACAGCCAGUUUGGUUUACACUGGGCAUCAGGGAAGUGAUUAAAGGUUGGGACAAAGGCCUGCAGGACAUGUGCUCUGGAGAGAAGAGGAAACUUAUCAUACCUCCAGCCCUGGCCUAUGGAAAGGAAGGCAAAGGUAAAAUUCCACCUGAAAGCACCUUAACUUUCAUCAUCGAGGUGCUUGAGAUCAGACAUGGGCCGAGGUCGCAUGAGUCCUUCCAGGAGAUGGACCUCAACGACGACUGGAAGCUCUCCAAGCAUGAGGUGAAAGAAUACCUGAGGAAGGAGUUUGAGCGUCACGGCUACCCCCCUAACGACACACUACAUGAGAACAUGGUGGAAGACAUCUUUGCCAAGGAAGAUGAGAACAAAGACGGCUUCAUAUCCUCCAGAGAGUUUACGUACAAACACGAUGAACUUUGAAGUUGCUCCGUUUCAUCUGUUAUUGUGCAGUUCUGUUUUCCUGUACUUUUUUUAAAGAUUAAAAUGAUAACAAAUCCAAUUUGAAAUCUGGUGUAACAACACAUAUUUGCAGUAAAAUAGUCAUGUUAUUAUCCAUCCGUCCAUUUUCCAAACUGGUUCAUUCCAGCUAAAGGUCACAGGGGAGCUGGACCCUGUCCCAGUGGUCAUUGGGCAAAAGGCUCAUGUUAUAAUUUUAGGUAUUUUAGAAAUUGUACACGAACAUGGGAAUAAUCUAAAAUGAAUCACCUGUGGUCUGGUGGACAGUUUAACAGGCUUUUCUCAUAUUUUAAAUUCCACUUUUUCAAAGCAGGAACAGCCCAGGAAUAUCUGCUCAUAUUCAUUUGUUUCAUUCCGUUUGAGUGAUAGUAAUCCAUGUGUCAGCAUGGACAUUAGCACAUUGCUAAUAGUGGCAUACCUGCAGUUAUUACCUCAGGGACAGACCAUGUAUUUUAGCCUACAUGCCGAUCUGUGAUCCUGAUUAAAGGAUCAAAGCAGUCAGACCUUAGGCUCAAUGUUCAGCAAUUAAGAUCGACAGUCAGGAACAUCAUGAAACAUGAACAGAAUCACAAGGCAAAGAUUAUAGGAGCAUGAUCAACAUCAUAGUUCAGUAAUCAGAAUCAAAGGUCAAUUAUCCUGUGCAAAGAUCAGUGAUCACAAUCAAAGGUCAGCAUUAAGGAUUAAAGUUCAGUGGUCAUAGUCAAAGGUGACUGUACAGGUCUGCUGGCAGAAUCAAACAUCAGCAUUAAGGAUCAAAGUUCAGUGAUCAGGAUCAGAAAGCAGGGAUGAGGAUUAAAGGUCAAUGAGCAGAAUCAAAGAUCAGCAUUAAGGAUCAAAGUUCAGUGAUCAGCCUCAAAAAGCAGGGAUAAGGAUCAAAGGUCAAUGAUCAAAAUCAGAGGUCAGCAUUAAGGAUCAAAGUUCAGUGAUCAGGCUCAAAAACGGGGAUGAGGAUCAAAGGUUGAUCAGAAUCAAAGAUCAUCAAGGAUCAAAGUUCAGUGAUCAGGCUCAAAAACGGGGAUGAGGAUCAAAGGCUUAUUAUCAGAAUCAAAGGUCGCCAUUACGGAUCAAAGUUCAGUGAUCGUGGUCAAAGAACAGGGAUCAGGAUCACAAAUGGUUGAUUAGGAAUGCAGACCAGGAUAACAGGUCAACAGCCUGAUACAAAGUUGAGCAAUAAGAGUCAAGGUCAUGGUCAGGAUCAAAGAUGAAUCUUCAGGGUCUCAUGGUGGUUGUCCAUCCAUAGGUGUACUUUGGUCCGGAUCGAGAUAAUCCGGAUCUGGUGGCGACUAAGGAUUGCAUUUUGGUUUCCAUCUUAAAUGGGACUGUGGGGCCUUGGUGGAGGUAAACGCUCUAUCAGGUGUCCUUCUACUUAUUGCCAUUAAUUACUCCUGAGGGAAACAGCCAAAAAAAGGUGUUUUGGGAACAUGUGCUGUAUAUUGCAGUGUCAACUAUGGAAGGAUGUCUUCCAUCCAGUGGUUUGUUUUUGGAUUUUUGUGGGCUGAAGCUUUUCUCAGUGCACAAUGUAAAAGAAUUGUGUUAAAAGCUGGAGAGGUUCCAGUGUGUCACCGUGAAAGAAUAUUCUGUUCUCUUCUCCAAAACAUGGAUUUGUUGUGUCGUUUCUCAAAUAUUUUAAAUGCUUUUCUAAAUUGUCUUUCCUUGCACAGUUGGUUGUAAGGAAAUGCAAUCCAGCAAGAGAUCAGGUGAAUAGAAAAUGGAAACUUAGCAGAUGUGCCUGUUAUUUUUAAGUGAUUAAUUAAAAACAUUUUUCACAGAUGAACAGAUUCUAAUAGUUUUUCUACCUUUUGGUAAUAUUCUUUUUUACAUUAAUGUGAAUGUAUAUUAGUAACUGAGAUCUAGUUUAUAACAGAUUGUGUUUAUCAGAUAUCUGCACAUAUGUGAGCAAUAAAAUGAUUUGGUCACCUUUUUAUACAAAAUACUGUUUAUUUGUAAUACUUUGUAGUUUUAACCAGCAGGUGGCACUGUUUUUAGUGAGAGCAGAAAGUCAUAAAGAUAACAGCUCAGUGUGAUUUAAAGCUGAUAUGCUGUAUUGCUGGAUCACAAAACAUUUGCAAUCUCAAAGAUACAUUCUUUAAAAAAAUCAUCAAUUAUGUUUUCUCAUAUAAAAUACAGCACCAUUUUAUGUAGAAUGAUGUUUGAAUCUCAGGGUUAACAUUCAUUUGCCUGAGUGAGUAGAAUACAUUUCCAUCACAUAUAUGACUGUUGAAAGUAAGAUAGUUAUUGUUACAAACAUAAAGUACACGGUUCACUUUUUUUUACACCCUUAUAUUUAAUCAUUGUUAGCAAUCAGACUUGAGUGUGCUUACCUUUGAGAGAGAAAUUGCUGAAAAGGAAAUAAAUCUAUAGGUACGGUCGGGCCUACGUCACUUCCGUUUAGUUAUGGCCGCCAUUUUGGAUCGCCGCUGGAAACAAACUACACGCACUCACAAUUCUUAUUGUGCCACUAGAGGUGAAAUUCUUGCACUGGCGCAACAUGGACGAAAGCAUUUGCCAAGAAUGUUUUCAUUAAUCAUGAACAAAAGUCGAAGACGUUCAGAUACCGUAGUUCCGACCAUAAACGAUGCCAACUAGCGAUCUGGGGGCGUUUUUAAAAACUGUACAGUCUGAAAAAAAACAUGUUCAACAAUAAAGCUGUUGCAAAACUAAAAUGUUCUAAAUAUAUGUCACCGAAAAAGGUGUCUCAGAAACAUUAAAGUUUGUAACCACAAAAAAAAAAAAAAGUUUCACACUGUGUCUAACAUGUCAGGUUAAAUUCAGUGCGUUUGACUGUGGAGCCCGUAUACAGUAGUGUUCAGAAUAAUAGUAGUGCUA